GCGAGCGUGGCGUGCCCCAUCAACUGCCACUGCGACUAUGGCAUGUCUGGCAACUUGUUGGGCAUAUUUGUAAUUCUCUGGUACUUCGACCUGUGCUGGCUCUGGUUCUUCCUCGUGGUCGUCAUCCUGACGUUCGGCUGUGUCUACGAGUGCAGCGUCGGCGCUCCCGACGCGAAGGCCCGAAAGGCAGAGGCGGACGUCGAGGACGGCGCCGUGAAUGCCCCUGUGCCGUACAUC